GUAGCAUGAUCGAUCACCUUUAAAGCUAACGGCGUUGGGGGGUUGUUAGAUAUUCAAAUUACCCCUGCACCCUCCCCUGCUUUCAAAACCAAACCAAACACACUCUUAAACACAAAAAACAAGCCUACACAUAUUUUCUGUUCCUCUUUCUCCCUAAGAAAAUUGAACCAGAAAAAAAAAAAAGAAUGCUUGAUCCAGGAAGAGACCAACCCACAAUUUCUUUUCCAUUGUCUGAUGGAAUAGGAGUUAGAACUCACAGUUAUGACACUUGGGGAGCCACGAACUCUGGCUUCCGGGCUUCAAAGAAAACAACAAAAAACUACAAGAAUUGUCAUAGCUGGAACGAUGUGGAAGUGAAAUUCGGAACAGAAUCAAAGGUGGAAGAUGAUUCAGGUUUUUGUUCUCCUCCUCUAUGGACUUCAAGCCCAACAAAGAGUCCCCAUCACCGCAAAAACUACUAUCGAUGUUUAUCCCCUGCAUCAAAGACACAAGCCAUUGCAAACGGCCAAAAAGAGCUCAUGGAAAUGGUUCAGAACAUGCCAGAAUCAUGUUACGAGCUUUCCUUGAAAGAUCUCGUGGAGCACCCCAGGGUUGACGUUGGAGAAGAGAACAAAAAUGUGCACAAGAGGGAAGGUGUUGGUAUCAGAAAGGUUGAUAAGAAGGGACAUGUGAAGAGAAGUGGGAAUAUUGAUAGUGGAGGGUUCUAUCUGAAAAUGGUUUUUCCAACUUCUCUGGGAUCAAAGAAGAAGAAGAACGAGUCUUUGGGAAAUAAUAGUUCAAAGGUCUCUCCUAGAACAUCGCUUUCUGAUGGAUCCGCUAAGAGCCUUGAUAAAGAGUGGUGGAAGAAGAGCCUUUCAGCUUCUAGAGCAGAGAGUGAGAGUGGUGUAUCGAGCAUCAAUAGUGGAAGCACAAAAAGUUCUGGUAGCAGAAGUAGCAGCAGCAGCAGCAGAAGUAAUAGCAGGCAUGAAGUGAGUACUAGUAGUUGCUGGCCUUUCAUGCGAAGAUCCGAAAGCCUGUCACAAAAAUAAGUGUUGCUUCUGCUGAUCCACUGUAUACUAUAUGGAAUACAUAUUUAUGUAAUUAUAGUUAUCUGGGCUUUUAGACAUGACGAGGCAGAUAAAAGCAAGUAUGCAAUGUGAGGAGUGUGUUUUGAGUAUAUUUUCCCAGACAAGUUUUAUCAAUGUAUCUUCUAUUUUAUGCUCUUUAUAUCUUGUACAAGAUGAAUAUACAUCUGCAUCGGAUGACGUUUUGUGAUGAGUUGGAUCGCAGAGGGAAAUAUGUAGCUUAAAGUUCAAGAGGAAUUAAUUUAUGACAAUGAAUGAAUAAGCUCAUUGAUGACAUGUAAAACUUUUUAUUACUCAGUCAGAGUAAGUCAAAAUAGGAGAGAUUUCAUCCAUGUGUCAAAAUUU